UGUGUAUUUCUCCUAGAGAAGCGAGAAGCUACACAUAACAGCGACCGGAAAGAACGAACAAGGCCGGCUGGCCUUAUUUUAUUCGUUAUUUUUGGCAAAUUCGUUUCGUAUAUUUGACGCUUGUUUUUUUUGGAUACUUUUUCUCUAUUUGGAGGCGGAGGGGAUCACAUUCUGGAGGAUUUUACGACUGAUAAGAAUCGAUUGUACCGGAACUUAGAAAAUGAUGGAGCUCGAGUUGCCAAAAACGCAACAGGACAUGGACCUGAUCGACAUCUUGUGGAGGCAGGACAUAGACCUUGGUGCUGGGCGAGAGGUCUUUGAUUACAUCCAUAGGCAGAAGGAGAACGAGCUCGAGAAGCAGAAGAAACUGGAAGAGGAGCGCCGGGAGCAAGUGCAGCAGGAGAAGGAGAAAGCCUGGCUGUCCCAGCUGCACCUGGACGAAGAGACAGGAGAGUUUGUUCCUCGGCCAGCUCCACCGAACAAGCCUGAGAGUCCCCCGUUGUCCAGCGAGCAGAAUGUCCCAGAUUCCGAGGAAGUCCUCUCCUUUGACAUGUGCAUGCAGCUCCUGGCUGAGACCUUCCCGCUGGUAGAUGAAGUCCAGGUUGCUUCACAGCCCCCAGCUCCAGAGCCCACCGAGGACAGCCAGGUCCUGCUGGCUCCCCUCCCGCCUCCACAGACUCAGGACCCUGUGCUCAUGUCACCUUUUCUGGAUAGCAAAUCUGAACAGGAUAUGGAACAAGCUUGGCAGGAGCUUCUCUCCAUUCCCGAAUUACAGGAGUGCCUGAACAUGCAGAAUACAAGUUUGAUGGAUCUGCCCAGCUAUGCAAACUCCAGCAAGCCUCAGGAAGUUCAAGAUGCCAACUACAACUUCUAUGUGGCCGAACCUCCAGACAUGUUGAAAAGACCAAAUACGGGCUGCCCAGCUGGCUUUCUCGGAGCUUAUGAUGGUCCUUACCCUGCAGGGUUACCACCUGAGCCAGUCAGCCAGAUGACCGUAAAUGCCUUAGAUCUGAACGGGUCCUUCCUCUUCUAUCCCGACCUGAUGAACCCCAAGCCUAACAACAGUGAGCCCCUUGUGCCUGAAGUGGACGCAUCCCUUACUGAAAUCCUCAGCAACUCGCCAAUGGAUUUUGCCACCUUCUCAAUGGAUGAGCCGUUUACGGGCAAAACAGUGCAAGAAGGUCCCGAUAUCCCUGAUUCGGAUUCUGGAGUAUCCAUGGAUUCGAGCCCAAAGGCGCCCUCUCCAGGCAACUCCUUAGAAUCUUCCCUUUACAAAAGUGCGUCAUUAACAACCAAUGACUCGGACAUGGAAGAGUUAGACAGCAAUCCUGGAAGUGUCCAAGCAGAAUAUGCAGAGAUGUUCCCAGUGUCCUACCAUAUGGAUGAGUACCAGGUUCCUGUGACCACAUCGCAGUCCACACCCUUAUCAACCCUAAGUUCAGACGAGACAGACAGUGAGCCACCUGGAAGCCCGGGUUACCUCAAGACUCCUUUCACCAAAGACAAGUCGAGGAGCCGCCUGGAGGCUCGUCUCUCACGAGACGAGCAGCGUGCCAAGACACUUCAGAUCCCGUUCACCGUCGACAAGAUCAUCAACCUCCCUGUGGAAGAUUUCAAUGAGCUGAUGUCCAAACACCAGCUGAACGAGUCACAGCUGAGUCUGAUCAGGGACAUCCGUCGGCGGGGCAAGAACAAAGUUGCCGCCCAGAACUGCCGGAAGAGGAAGAUGGAGAACAUCGUGGGGUUGGAGUGCGAACUCGACUCAUUGAAGAACGAGAAGGAGAAGCUGUUGAAGGAGAAAGGGGAGCAGCACCAAAACCUGCGGCAGCUCAAGCAGAAGCUCAACAGCCUCUACCUGGAGGUCUUCAGCAUGCUGCGCGAUGAGGACGGAAAGCCAUACUCGCCGAGCGACUACUCGCUCCAGCAGACGUCCGACGGCAGCGUGUUUCUGGUUCCCCGGAGCAAGAAAGUGGAACUUAAGAAAGAGAAGAAGUAGGACAGCGAUGGUCUGUCAACUGACUCGUUACGUUUCCUAUUCUGUCGUAGUCAUCUCGUUGUCCAUCUCGUUUUUUUUUUUUGCGGAAGUCAGAAAGUCGAAAAAGGAAAAAACGAAAAAAAAAAAAUUCUGCUGGAUGGAUCUUUGGAAGGGAAUUGGACUGUGGUGGCCUCGCAUUUCUGUAUAGUUUACACCUACUGUAUAUAGACCUGGCGGCAUAAGCAUUGUUUUUACUUCUUCUAGAACUUUCUUUUGUACGCCUACAGCUUUUAGUCUAGUUUGUAAAUAAUUUCUAUCUUAUUUACAAUGGGGGGGUGGGGGAAAUCAUAGAUUUAUAUACUCGAUAUUUUAGGCUCCUGAUCUUUGGUUGCACAUUGUUGUACAGUUUCUCCGAUUUAUCUAAAAAAAAAAUGAUUUGUGGAUCAAUAUCUCUGAACAAUGACUGUAAGCUCUUUAUAGCUGCUAUGAUUUUCUCACGUUUUACUACCGAAGAAUAAACUCUUCAUUUAAUAAAA